CAGCGUAGAAGACUUGACAUCAGUUCCUUUUAUAGCGGCAAUGAAAGGACAGCGUGCCACUUACGAUUUUAGCAAAACAUAAGUUAGGCAUACAUUACCGAAUUAAAGCUAUCAGGUUCGCAGCAAGCAUAUUUCACUAUUAGGAGGAGAGUAUCAGUGCUGUGUUGAGAAGAUGUCUCUGGUUUGUGCAAUUUGCAACGAGGUACCGGAGCACCCGUGCAUCUCCCCGGUGUCCAAUCAUGUGUUCGAGCGAAGGCUAAUCGAGAAGUACAUCGCUGAGAAUGGGACGGACCCGAUGAACGGACAGCCGCUGUCCGAGGAGCAGCUGGUGGACAUCAAAGUGACCCAUCCAAUCAGACCAAAGGCUCCAUCAGCUACAAGCAUCCCUGCCAUUCUCAAGUCACUUCAGGAUGAGUGGGAUGCUGUGAUGCUGCAUAGCUUCACUCUGCGGCAGCAGCUGCAGACGACUCGUCAGGAACUCUCACACGCCCUGUAUCAGCACGACGCAGCCUGCAGAGUCAUCGCUCGACUCAACAAGGAGGUCACUGCUGCAAGAGAAGCUCUUGCCACGCUUAAACCACAAGCUGGACUGGUGGCUCCUCAGGCUGUGCCGGCCUCCCAGCCAGCUGCUGCUGGCGGUGGUGGAGAGCCCAUGGAGAUCAGCGAACAGGUGGGAAUGACCCCAGAGAUCAUCCAGAAGCUUCAAGACAAAGCUACUAUUCUCACCACAGAGAGAAAGAAGAGAGGAAAAACUGUCCCAGAAGAGCUGGUCAGAGCUGAAGACCUCAGCAAGUACCGCCAAGUGGCCUCGCAUGCUGGCCUUCACAGCGCCAGCGUUCCUGGUAUCCUGUCCCUGGAUGUGUGUCCCUCGGACACCAACAAAGUGCUCACUGGUGGCGCUGAUAAGAACGUGGUUGUGUUCGACAAGAACGAAGAGCAGAUUGUGGCGACUCUGAAAGGUCAUGCCAAAAAGGUCACCUCGGUCAUUUACCAUCCAUCCCAGUCUGUGGUCUUCUCCGCCUCUCCUGACGCCACCAUCCGUGUGUGGUCCGUUACCGGCGGCAACUGCAUUCAGGUGGUGCGAGCCCACGAAGCCGGAGUCACUGGACUGUCUCUGCACGCUACAGGAGACUACCUGCUCAGCUCCUCUGAGGAUCAGUACUGGGCCUUUUCUGACAUCCAAACUGGUCGAGUCCUCACCAAAGUUACUGAUGAGAGUGCUGGCUGUGCUCUCACCUGUGCCCAGUUCCACCCUGAUGGUCUCAUUUUUGGCACCGGUACGGCCGACUCCCAGAUCAAGAUUUGGGAUCUGAAGGAGCGCACCAACGUGGCCAACUUCCCCGGCCACUCCGGACCCGUGACCUCCAUCGCAUUCUCUGAGAACGGAUACUAUCUGGCCACAGGUGCCCAGGAUAGCUCUGUGAAACUGUGGGAUCUGAGGAAACUGAAGAACUUUAAGACUAUAUCUCUGGACAACAACUACGAGGUGAAGUCUCUGGUGUUUGAUCAGAGCGGUACCUACCUGGCCGUAGGCGGGUCUGACAUCCGUGUCUACAUCUGCAAGCAGUGGUCUGAGGUGCUCAACUUCACAGACCAUACUGGCUUGGUGACUGGAGUUUCCUUCGGAGAAAAUGCCAAGUUCCUGACAUCUGCAGGAAUGGACAGAAGUCUCCGAUUUUACAGUUUGUAGAAAGAAAAGAAAUUCGGGAUGAACAGGGGAGGACAGUUGAGAGACGUGUAACUGAGUAACAUUUCCAAGCACAGUCAUUUAAAAAAAAAAAAAAAGAAAAAAAAAAGUCAACGUUGACUAUACUUCUGAUGUUGUGUUUGUCUUCAUAUCCAGGAAAGCAAGCACAUAGAAAUACAGCAGUAUGAGCAUAACAUAACUUGUUUGUUGGUUUUGAGAACAGUAGCGAUCAGGAAAUUUCUGUCCUGUUUGCCAGCUGGUUUUAUUGGUUUUUUAUUAUUUUUGUUUUUAGGGAGGUUUUAAUUUGCUUGUGAAACAGUUCAGUGUGCUCUUUCAACAACUAUAUCUGGUGAUGAUCAGCUUUGCUUUUUAAUGUAGACCAGCUUCAUUGCUGUAUCUGUAGGGAAAGAUCAAAUUAAAUCUGUAGUGAUCCUACAGUAAAAUACCGGCAGACGUAGAAGAUUUAUUUGUUUUUAGCCUUCCCCCUUGUUUGAAUUGUCAUUAAUUUUUUGUUCCAUUUUUUACUUCUUUUUUUUUCAGUUGUAUAUUUGCCAUUACCUACUGUUGAACCUGAUACACCUCUGCCUUUGAUGAUAAAAUAAAAUAUCUUUUUCAAGUUA